UCUGAACCCGGGCCGGAUCCCAAACACUUAUCUUGAUCAACACGGUUGCUCUGGACUCUGAAUUCUGAAACGAGUCAUAAUCAUGUCCGAAUAAACCCAUACCUGCCACCGUCUACCGCCAUUCAACACAAACACUAGCUUUCGAGGAAGGAUGUGAAGUGAUGGGAGAGACGUUACGUGUUUUCCAAUCAAAGAAGUUAGAGUUGAGAAUUACUGCUACUCAGAAUCUGCCUAAAAGGCGUUUAUUUGGUUUUCUUGGUAACAAAUAUUCAAACAAGACGAUUAAAUGUGUUACGUCAGUGAAAGUGAACUUGGUGGCUGCUGGUCGUGCUGGGGAUAUCGGAGUCUUUCUUUUGACAACAGCUGCGUUAGAGAUUGUUAGAAGGUUCUCUUCAGCGCACUGCCCGUUUAUUUGGCGUGGGAUUCAGGCCCUGCAAAUUCUCUGUUGUCCACCAUUUAAAUGGAUCCAGAAAUGGGCCCCUUUCACUGGUUUGGUUAAAGGAAUGCAGACGUUAUCAAAGCCAUUGUUGCUCCUCUCAGUGGCAACAGGUUUAUUUAGUGAAUUAGACUCUCCAAAAGGAACACUCAGUGGUUCAGGUGCGGAGCUCACAGAGCUGUCGUCACAAUUGGCCACACAAGACACAAGGCCUGCCAACAAGGUUUCUAGACAUGUUGCGGAAAAUUGGUUGGUGCAACUGUAUGCAGAACUUGAUAAGGAGGGUCUUACUAUUCCAGAGAGGAUGAAUGAGGAGGAGCUUCGUAGAUUCUACGCUGUCUCUGAUGGUGACUUUGCAUUGUUUCUAUCGUCAGUUAAGAAGACUAUUCUUUGGAGGCAGACGUAUGGUCUUUUUUCACCACAAGAGCUUGACGCUUGGGCCAAUUUCGUCUUUUGGCAUGGAUCUGAUUCGAUGCAACGACCUUGCCUCAUUGUACGCAUUGGACUAGCAGCUGAUUUGGCUUCAAUUGCCCAAGCACAGUUUGUUAGAGCAGUUGUUUCCCAGGUGGAAUAUGGAGUUAUAAACUUGCUUGAUGCAGAACAUCCUCAGGUUACUGUUUUGAUGGACUGUGAUGGACUCUCAUCUUUUGGAAUUCCCGUAAAAACGUUGAGAUCGUGCGCUGUACUUCUUCAAGAUCAUUACCCAGAACGGCUUGGGUGUUUACUUGUUGUACGGCUCCCCUCUGUUGCCCGAGUCAUAACUCAAACUCUAUUCCAAGUUUUGAAGCCCAGGACGCAACAAAAGUUAAUGAUUGUUGGAGAAGAUUACCAAGAGGUUCUUUCCAAAUACUUUGAAGAAUUACCACCUUUUCUUGGUGGCAAUUGCACUUGCCCUAAAUGUGCAAAUGAGGCCACGACAGUCGGUGAAACGAAUCUUAAAGACCAUCAUGGACACGGUGCAUCUUCUAAUACGGAGCUUUAUGUUGGUUCCAGCUUAGAUACUAGUCGAGAGCACGCGAAGAUUGCUGCCGUGGGUGGUUUACUGUUGUGGGUAUGUGUUGUUUUCAUUUUAGCAGUUUGCUAUCACCGCUCUACGCUCCCUCACUUGUACAACAAAAGUGGUUCUUGAGAAUAGUUUCUUCAUAUAGGUUAUGGUAUGGGGAUAUAUAUUUUACAACUGGUUUUAUUACCAACUUACUUAGCUGUUUUCUUUUCUGUGAUAUGAUAUUAAUUGAUGCAAGAUAAAAGACAACCUAA